AUGCCGAAAAUACUAAGUUACCUAGCACUUGUCAUUUAUUUUCCAUUCACACAUUAUUUAUGUACAAAAUUUUUACCUUGCCUGGUGCACUGCUUCAAAUAUUAUUCCUGGGAGAAAUGUGAACCAAUUAAUUUUGAAAAUAUGUUAAUAAUGUCGGCUUGGGUCGGCGCCAGUGGAUUGCUGUGGGUAUCGUCGAAUUACACAGAAUUUCACUUUCUGUUCUACUGGAUAAUUGUCACUUUUGAGUUAAUAGUGCUUGAGAUUUCUUAUAUGGUCUAUGCUGUUAUUCUAACAAAAAAUCACUUUUGGAAUUGGCAAAUUAUAUUCUUUGGUUUCCUGGUCUUCAGCUUCAGUUUGGUCCUGUUGCACGUGCUGGUAGCAAAAAAGAUUGUUAAAAACCACUUGAUCGAAAACAUUUUCAGGGUGGUUCCUGAUAACUAG